GCAGACGUGGGAUCGCUCAACCGCCGCAUCCAGCUGGUAGAGGAGGAGCUGGACCGUGCCCAGGAGCGCCUUGCCACUGCCCUGCUGAAGUUGGAGGAGGCGGAGAAAGCUGCAGACGAGAGUGAACGAGGCAUGAAGGUCAUUGAAAACCGAGCCACCAAGGACGAGGAGAAGAUGGAGAUCCAGGAGAUGCAGUUGAAAGAGGCCAAACACAUAGCAGAGGAGGCCGACCGCAAAUACGAGGAGGUGGCCCGCAAGCUCGUCAUUCUGGAGGGAGAGCUGGAGCGCUCGGAAGAAAGGGCAGAGGUGGCUGAAAGCCGAGUCCGGCAACUAGAGGAGGAGCUGCGCACCAUGGACCAAAGCCUUAAAUCACUGAUUGCAUCAGAGGAAGAGUACUCCACAAAAGAGGACAAAUACGAGGAAGAAAUUAAGCUUCUGGGAGACAAACUGAAAGAGGCUGAGACCCGAGCGGAGUUUGCAGAGAGAUCCGUGGCAAAGCUUGAGAAGAGCAUCGAUGACUUA